AUGGCGCACGCUCUCGCCCGGGCGCUCCGCUCGCUGCUCGCCAGAUGCUCGACCAAAUGUCCCUGCGCCGCCGUGGCUGCCGCUUCCUCGUCCUGCCUCCGCAGCGCCGUUCCGCGCGCUUCCUACGCCGCCUGCCCCAGGAGCAUCCUUCCUACUUCAUGCGGGGGGGCCGUACCUGCGGCGCAGACGCGCUUCCUGGCGAGUACAGCGGGCCCUGGCCCAGGCGACGAGGGCUCGGGGGAGGAGGAGGAGGAGGAGUCUAUGGCGGAGUGGGAAGAGGAUGAAGACGAUGGGGCCGAUGCUGAGAUCGGUGAUGGCGGCAACGGCGGCGGCGUCGCCCUGCGGGACGUCAAGUGGGGCGCGCGCGCUCUUGCGGCGGCCGAGGAGGUUCUUGGCGAGCACUUUGGCGAUGCCAUUGCCAUGUUCGCCUUCAAGGUGUCGCCCAAGGGGUACGUCUACGUGCGGCUGGACAAGCUCACCAACAGGUAUGGGUGCCCUGGUAUAGAGGAAAUAGAGAAUUUCAAUAGACUCUAUAAGCAGAAAUUGGAUGAGAUAAUUGAAAGAGGCGAAAUACCCCUCGACCUGGCUCUUGAGAUCUCAUCACCAGGAGCAGAGCGACUUCUGAAGGUGCCGGGUGAUCUGGAUCGCUUCAAAGAUAUGGCAAUGAGGGUACAAUACCAUGCUGAAGGUGAUGGCCUUAUUUCGGAUCAGAUGGAUGGUAUCUUCAUGCUUGAGUCAGUAGACAUUCAGGCAGAACACUGUGUUUGGAAGCUCGCGGACGUCAGCGAGAACCGAGCUGGGAAAGGGAGGCCGUUGAACAGGAAACAGAAAGAUUGGAGGCUGCAAACCUCAUUUGAUGCAGUGAUGAAGGCAACCCUAUACUUGGACUGA